UCGUCUCAGAACGCACCCGUAUUAGAUGUCAACACGUUCAUUUCGAUCAUUAUUUCAAUCAAGGAUUUGUGAACUAGAUAUCUUUCUAUUAUUUCUCUAAUGUCCGGGAUUUCCACCGCUGUCGGAAUACUAACGGCUAGAUGUUUGCUAAAGCCAGCUGAAUCUCUACCCAAAGUUUUGUUACAGUACACGACUGUCCGGUAUCGUCGAAAGCCCCGUUGGCUUGGUACUGCUAAAAGUAAAUUGUUCCGGGUUCCAGAGCGAAAGUUACAAUCCCAAGAUGAAAAGGAGGAACUAAAACGCCUGAACAAUAAUUACCACGCACAGAUGAAAGCUGUUCGACGCUUUCUGAUGGAUGAAGUGGAAGCGUUUAAAUUGGUGUCUCGUGCCGGCAUGGUACUGCAGACACCAGAGCAGGAAGAAGCCGAAUGGGAGCAAGCCCAACGUAUCAACGAACAAUGGAAUCGAGAUGUUGCCGAUAUUCGCGAUAAACGGCUUGCACAAGAACACGAACAACGAAAAAAAUACGUACUGGAACGAUUGCUUGCUAAGGAAGAGCGCGAUCGCGAAAAACUUGAUUCACUGCGGGCCCGGGUCCGAGAAGAACAGGAGCAAGCGAAAAGUUUUAUCACCCGAGAAAAUAUAGACCAAGCAAUUGAAUUGGCAUUAGUGCAACCAGUCAGCUACAAUUUCGCCCUCGAUUUGGAUGGCAACAUUCACAAAGCUGAAAAAAUAAACCAAAAGGAUGACAUAGUUUGAACAUGUGUUGGUUGAAGUUAUAGCUUAAAUAGAAACAAGAAAUCGA